AUGUUGGAUGGUUCUGCACCAAGCGAAGAGGACAAGGCAAGCCAUGCGUGGCGGACGGAGACUGCCACUGCGAAGAUGACCAUGCUCCAGGACUCCGUUCGCACGGAGGCGUACCGAGAUGCCAUUCAGAUCCAUGCUGAAGACUUCCGGGACAAGGUCGUGCUGGAUGUCGGCUGUGGCACCGGCGUGCUGGCCAUGUUCGCCGCGAAGGCCGGCGCGCGGAAAGUCUACGCCGUGGAGGCCUCGGACGCAGCCUGGGCAGCAAAGCAGGUGGUGGCUGAGAACGGCUUGGAGGGGGUGGUGGAAGUGAUCCGGGGCCUGGUGGAGUCCAUCGAGCUUCCCGAGAUGGUGGACGUCAUCAUCUCAGAGUGGAUGGGGAACUUCCUUCUGAAGGAAUCCAUGCUGGACACGGUGCUGAUCGCCAGGGAUCGCUUCUUGAAGCCAGGAGGCAGACUCUUCCCCUCUCACGCUCGGCUCUUUAUCGCGCCGUGCGCCCACGGCUGCUUUGCCGAGCGCUGGCAGGGCUACGUGGACGAGCUUUGGGCAUGGCACAGCUUCUUGCAGUACAUGCACACCAGCUUUGGGUUGAGCUACGACGCCUUAACCAAGCAGAAGGAGGAGCAGGCCAGUGAGUACCACCUCCAAACCUGGGAUUGGGUGCAGCUCAACGCGUCCCAACUCCGUGGUCCGCCGGUGCAGCUGCUGGCGCUGGACCUUGCCAGCCUGCCACUCACGAGGCUGCAGAAUCUCCAUGCAGAGUCUUUCGACAUUGUGCUUCCUAUCACCGAGGAUGGUACCGUCGGCGGGCUGUGCGGCUUCUUCGACAUUGACUUUCGUGGAUCCGUAAAGAGUCCUGCCACAGAGCCAGCUGAAAUCAAGCUGAGCACGAGCCCCUUCAACAAGGCACCGACAAGUGGCAGAGAGCCAAAGCCGAAAACAAACAAACCUCUGCUCUCUGCAAACUCUGGGCCUUGA